AUGUCGAGCGGCGAUGCGACUAGAGCGAGGUCGGUACACGAGUGUGCACGGGUCUGUGCUCUUUCAAUGCGAUGUCGACGACCGGAAUGUACGACGUCGGAGACGUUCGAAGGCGUGGUGAUGAAGAAGAGGAAGGAAGGUGAAAUGUCGGAGAGCAAGGCUUGUUCGCCACUGACUACAACCAUCCCUGCGCUGACCAUGACGCCAACAGCAUCAUCAAGCACGUCUGCUGCUCCUGAGCAGCGCGAUGUGGGUGCUGGAUCUUCCAUGUCGGCUGUUCAAGCUCUCAAGCGUCGACGUAUGCUUCAGCAAGCACAGGAUGACAGCCCGCACUACAGCUAUUCGGACGAAGAGGACGACGGCAAUGCUUCGAACGUCGCUUCAUCAUCCAUUUUUGUUCCACUGAAACAGCGACGUAUGCAGCAGCUGCAACAGAUUCAAUCUCGUGCACGCGGCUCACCUUCCAGCCUAUCAGGUUCGCCCUCCACCAAAACAACGGACGAUGCCGACGACGAUGAGCAGGACCAGCAGGACCGUGCAGCCCAACGACCACAGCGAUCGCUUCUCGACGAAGCUAGAUUGCUUCGAGAGAAGAAGCUAGCCGAAGAGGGUGAAAAGACGCAGGCCGAAAUCGAAGCGGAGGAAGAGCGCAAGAUCCUCGAAGCUCAUGCGGCACGUCGGAAGCUUGCCAGUGACAUGGAGCUCGCCAAGGGCAUCCAAUACACCGAGCCUCUCGCCACCUCGUGGACAGCGCCUUCGUACAUUCGCAAUCGAUCGUUCGAAGAGAACGAAAAGCUUCGCGAGAAGAACCACAUCCUCACAGACGGUAUCGACGUUCCACCCGUCAUCACUAAUUUCCGCGAUAUGAAGGUCCCCGACUGCGUCAUCGACUAUCUCAAGACGCAAAAGAAGAUCGUCAAACCUUCUCCCAUCCAAAUGCAGGGUCUCCCCACAGCUUUCUCAGGGCGAGACAUGAUUGGCAUCGCAUUCACCGGUUCCGGCAAGACCCUGGCCUUUUCCCUACCCAUCAUCAUGCUUUCGUCCGAAGAAGAGCGCCGUCUCCCUUUCACGCGUGGCGAAGGCCCCGUGGGUAUGAUCGUCUGUCCAUCGCGAGAGCUAGCCCGACAGACGUACGACUCCAUCAAAGGCAUCGCCGAAGCGCUCGAACAUGGGGGCUAUCCUCAGAUCGGCGUCUUGCUCUGCAUCGGAGGCAUCAGCAUGUCCGAACAGCACCACACCAUGUCCAAAGGCUUCCAUAUCGUAGUGGCAACCCCCGGACGUUUGCAAGAUAUGUUGACCAAGAAAAAGUUCACACUCGAUUGCUGCAAGUACCUCUGCCUGGACGAAGCCGAUCGCAUGAUCGAUAUGGGUUUCGAGGAGGACGUUCGUAACAUCAUGGGAUUCUUCAAGCAACAACGACAGACUUUGCUCUUCUCUGCCACCAUGCCCAAGAAGAUCCAAGACUUUGCGGAACAGUCCUUGAUCCGACCUGUUAUCAUCAACGUUGGACGAGCAGGUGCAGCGUCCCUGGACAUCAUCCAGGAAGUCGAGUAUGUCAAGCAAGAGGCGAAGAUGGUGUAUCUGCUCGAGUGUUUGCAAAAGACCGCUCCGCCAGUGAUCAUCUUUAGCGACAACAAGAACGAAGUCGAUGACAUACAAGAGUAUCUCUUGCUCAAAGGUGUAGAAGCCGUCGCGAUUCACGGCAGCAAAACGCAAGACGAACGUGAGUACGCGAUCCGAGCGUUCAAAUCCGGUCAGAAGGACGUCAUGGUAGCCUCCGGUGUCGCUAGCAAAGGUUUGGAUUUCAACGAGAUCCAACACGUCAUCAACUACACCAUGCCCAAGGAGAUCGAAGACUACGUCCACCAAAUCGGCCGUACCGGUCGAAGCGGAAAAACAGGUGUAGCCACCACAUUCGUGAACGGAAUGACCCAGGAACAGACGCUGUUGGAUCUCAAGUAUCUGUUGAUGGAGGCCAAGCAGAGGAUACCGCCCUUCUUGGCGGCGAUCGAGGAUCCAAGAGCAGUGAUGGUGGGAGGUAAGGUGGCCAGUUGUCCCGUAUGUGGUGGUUUGGGUCACAGCAUCAGGGAUUGUCCAAAGUUGGAGGACAACCAGAGAAGACAGACCGCUCAGUUCUCGAGGGGCGAUGAAGGAGGCUACUGA